AUGGAACUCAAGGGGUACUAUUUUGCCACCAUUGAAAUGAUUCAAGAAGCGGUGAUCCAAAAGUUCAAGAACAUUCCUGAAGCUGACUUUUCACGGGCCAUGGAAAAAUUGGGUGAUUGCGCUAGAAGAUGUAUAGAAUAUAAUGGUGACUAUUUUGAACAAAAAAUUGCUUAA